CUCAGCACUCCACCUCUGCACAGAGCAGCAGCAGCAGCAGCAGCAGCAGCGGGAGCCGAAACCAGCCUGCAGCAGAAGCAAAUUCCUGGGUCAUUAUCUGUCGCAUGUGGAAUACCUGGAGACAGACGGAUAUCGGCUUCUGCGGGAAUUAGAAGAGCAGAUACGACACAGUUGUGUUGUGGAUUUUUUUGUCUGUUUAUUUUUUUUUUUUUUUUGAGAGCUUUUGUGUUGCCAGGGAAGAGAAAGUCCGAACAGCCAUGAUGGUUCAUCCGGUAUCUGCCACAUCACUCAACAGCCACUAAUGACCGAACCUUAUUUAGCAAACCAAAGAUGUCAGCGUGCAGUGACUUUGCAGAACACGUGUGGAAACCCGGCUCUUGUAAGAACUGCUUCCACCCGCUUAGUGCACACCACAAGACUGUCAGCGGCCUGGAUGGUGUGCAAGCCGCUUGUUUGAAGAGCAUCCUGGGAGGUGAUGAAGAAACGGUAGUAACAGCGCCUUCACCUUACAGCAAGCCAACCAUCGCAGUCAGACCCACUAUGAUGAGCCUUGAUACCAAUGAGUCGAUGUCUGAUGUCAACAUGAACAUAGAGCAGGAGAACACAAAGAGCCCAGUUCAGCGUUUGGGCCUGAAGAAGCUCCUGGACCUGUCGUCCCUUUACAUUGACAGUAACGGCUGCAACAAGGCCCACAGAGAGGCAGUUCUCCAGAGUCCUGAAACCAAGAUGGACUACAACAACUGCUUCUCUCUGGCUUCCUUAUCCCCCAACAUCCUGCCUAAAGACUCCAUGAUCAUCGGCAAUAUCUUUGUCACCCAGGAGGAGGGGAGAGGUUCUCAGAGUUUAAAGAAAAAUGCCAGUGGAGACACCUGUAGACAACAGAAUACAACUACCACUAAAACCAAGAGCACUUAUAAUGGAAUUAGUGUGACUACCAUGGCAAAUUGCCAGGAGUUCCAUCAGGCCUCUGUGGAGAUACCUUUUUCUGUGGAUAUUGUCCCUUCCAGUCCUGCCAAAGUUCAUAGCAAUGGUAUCAGCAGUGGGAGUCCUGCUACUGUUACAACUAAGACAUCCAGCACUUCUACCACUUUUCCCACCACAGCCUUAAGUGUGGACACCAUUAGCCACAAUUCUGCACCAUCGCUCCGCUCUCCUCCCGUACUGUCUGAACAGAAUAGCCUAUUGAACUCCUCUUGUUCUUAUUAUAGUAGUACAGAUUCACUUCCUGAGGCAGAGGGGUCGGGAGAAAGACAAGUUAGGUCAGGGAGCCCCCAAAGCCCACCAGCCAUGGGUAGCUCACAGUCAUCUCCCAACUCUCCUAAUGGACAGCCAGACUCUGAACCCAUUUAUGCAGAGAGCACCAAGAAAAAGCGCAGGCCGCAAGGAAAUGGGUUGCAGUCCCAUCUUAUGUGCCCAAACCAGACUAAGAACUCAUCCCAGGGCUCUGAGCUUUUAGGAGAGAGUCAACGGGCCACCAUCACUGUAAUGGCCGCUCACACAGAGGAGAACAGGACUUUCUUCCUGAGCAGUCCAGAUUCAGCCAUCAGCACCCAAUGCCACUUCAGCCCCACAGCACGUGAAGACCCUAGCAGCCCAGCUUUCCGCUGGCCCAGCCCGAGCCACAGCUUACCCUCUUUGGUCACAGAAGCCAGCCUUACCCCCGCUCUUCACCCCAAGCCUCAGUCUAGCCCACCCAUUCCCCCCAAAAGGACCACCCGUUCCCCCAAACUGGGCACAUCUAGCCUCUCACCAUCCAUGUCUUCUCCGGUCCCUCUACCUGAUCUCCCCAGACUGAGUACCUCCAGCCUCUCACCGUCCAUUUCGUCUCCUGUCCCUCUCCCUGAACUCCCCAUGCUUUUCCUCGUCUCUGCUAGAGAGGGCCACUUCAAGGUCCAUGCAGAGAACCAAAGCUCAGCAGCAUCCGAACGCUGGCACAAGCCCCCGCACCACAGUUCUGGCUGGAACUGUUGCAUCGAGGAAGAAGAGGAAGAGGAUGAGAGAGAGCGGAAAGAGGGGGAGAAGAAGAAGUUGGCCGCCAACCCGGGGACAACCUCUCGGGUGUCAGGCCUGGUCAAUGGUGCCGCUGUCUGGAAGGAGGCCAGGGACUGGAAGGCCCACACCAGCCCCCCUUCGAUGACAGAGCCAGGCACGGCCCCCCCGGCUGCCCCUAACAAUGGUGCCUGUCAGGGGGAGACUGAGGGCACCGGUGCAGAGGAGGAGGGCAAGCAUAACGGGAGCAUGCCGUCCAAGCAACCGUUGCAUGGCGGCUCAUCAGAGCUGCUGGCAGCAGGGAAGGGAGCUGCCAACAAUGAGCCCAAUCCACCACCUCCCCCACCUAAGAAACUGCACAGAGGGUGCAGUAAGAUGAGUGGCAGCAACAUGGAGCUGGACCGCUGCAGCCAACAAGGUUCAGUAGAAAGCCCUACUUCAUCUCUACGGGGCCUGGGAAGUUCCAGCCUACCCCUGGCCUCCACUGACAACCUGACUGCUGACACUGGUUCUCGGGAUCCACGGAUGUCUUGUUCCUCUCCCUUUUCCAGAAGUCCAGUGGCCUCAGUUCCAGGCUCUCCUCACCCGCCCUCCUUUAACAGCUUCAGUAACCAGCCACCUCCACUCCCAGAGAAAAAAAAUGGUCAACCGCACUGUGUCAGCUCCGGAUAGCGCAAACGGAAGACCUUUUGUCCGGGCCUACCCACGCCUCCCAUUCACUGGCUCGGAGAGCAACGUGUGUCGACCUGCUGAUGUUAGCUCCCGGUCCAGU